AUGUCCGUCUUAUUCACAUCGCAAGACAUCACGAAGCUAGCAGCCUGCUUCUCGGUCAAUAUCAACUCCCCCAGCGGUAAUCUCCAAGACCUAAAGCACGUCCUAAAACACAGAAUCAAUGAUCUUCCUCGCCAUCUCCGACGGUAUUCAAUGACCGAUCAGUUACUCAACAAGGCCAAGAUUAGGAAGGACGACCGGGAAUUCAAUGUCAACAAGCUUCUGUGCUCUGCUCAUAAUGAGAUCUACUCUAUUUCUACAUCAAUGAUUUUUGAUUCUCUGAGAACAGAGCUUACGAGGGCUGUCGAGUAUCUAAAUGUGGAAAAUUAUAUAAAUUAUGUCCUUGGGCCGGAUGAGUAUAUGACUCUGCAUCGGGUGGCGGCUAUUCAAGAAAUGUGGACGAAGCCAGGCCCGAAUACAUUUCCUAACGAACGAUGGAAAUAUCAAGCUGAUCAGUGCGAGGCAUGCAUGCUUUCACGCAUUGCGACGUAUCCUUCAACGCUGAGGGAACUGCGAACAUUAUUCCUGGUGAUGCAUUCUCCAUUGAAAUUCGUUCGGCCUAUAAUUCUUGCAUUUGUGGAUGAGUGGAUAAAAUCCACAGAUCAGUCGAAGAGUCUGUUUAAGAGGUCUGAAGAACGGGCUAAGGAGAUCCAAAAGUGUAUCAGGCACUGGAGGAUACAUAAGGGAGAGGAAAUGGAGGAGGAAAAGGCUGAUCAUCAGCGACCCCAAAAUGCUGACAGCCUCGAAACGCUCCCUGCCCGAUCCUACAAACCCACGGCUUCGCCCGCUCAGUCUAUACCGAGCCCCCUAUUCUCAUCAACCAUAACUCGACCCCUUAGCAGGAACGAAUACGAACUCUCCGAAGCUGAAUUUCUUCAAGAAUUCUCACUUAACAAACCCUUUUAUCGAACAUCUUCUACCGAAGAUGACGAUACUUCAUCUGAUAUAACAGAUAUAUACUCCCAGGACAACGACACGAGAACAAGCCUUGGCCUGGGCAAGAUGAUAACCGUGCUGCAGAAACAGCAAAUAAUAGAUCAAUAUCGAGACAGAGGAGGAACACCAGAUACAGGUUUAUCGCCAAGGUUGUAUCGUCCGUGGUCGAGUACGGAUGAGAUUCGAGGAUCGUAUUCGAGAUUAUCACAGACUACGGUUUCGUCGCCGUCACACUCGGCUCUUCGUGAGCAGACGACGCCCCCUCUAUCGCCGCUUAACAAUGCGAACCCCAAGACGCCUGAUAGAUAUAGAACGCCGGUAUCACCCCUCGCAAACCCAAGGACGCCGGAUAGGUAUAUACCACCUCCCAAAACGCCAAAGACUCCUAGUAGAAAUAGGACGCUCCUCACGAUCCCCGAAGUUUCUCCUUUCCAUGUUUCGCCUUUCAUGCCCUCUUCCUCUCAGAAUCUUCGUUAG